AUGUCUGACAAGAUUGUUCUAUAUGACCUUCCUGCCCGAGAUGGUAAGGCCUGGAGUUUGAAUCCUUGGAAGACUCGCCUGUUCCUUAAUUACAAGGGUAUUCCCUACAAAACCGAGUGGAUUGAAUAUCCUGAUUUGCAACCUGCCUUUGAGAAACUUGGAAUCCCACCAAAUGAGAGCGGGUUCAAAUACACGUCCCCGACAAUCCGCCUCCCCAAUGGCUCGUACAUCAUGGAGUCCAAGAAGAUCGCAUGGGACCUGGAAUCCCGAUAUCCAGACCCACCACUCCAACUCGACCCACCCAUGCUCGCACGUGUCGAAGCCAUCCUCCAACCGAUCGUGACUUGUCUCCGGCCUGUCUUCGUGCCCCUUGUACCCAAGGUGUUCCUCAACCCGGUCUCGCAGGCGUAUUUCAUCCCUAGCCGUGAAAAAGGGUUGGGCAAGUCUCUAGACGAAUUCGCCAAGGGCGGCGACCAGGGUAUCGAGGACGCGAAGCCUCAUGUCAAGGAGCUGGCGGGUUUAUUGGGUGAGAAUCCAGACGGCCCGUUCUUCCUGGGGAAGCAGGUCAGUUAUGUUGAUUUUGUGGUGGUUGCGUGGUUGAAGAUGCUGGUGCGCUUGGGCGUUGAGGAAAGGAUCUGGGGCUUGGACGGUGGGAGUGAAUUGAAGGCAUUGUAUGAUGCCAGUGCGAAGUGGUUGGAGCGAGAUUCUUAA